AUGUAUUCGAUGCGAACGCGAAGCGGCAGCGUCGAGCGAUGCUCGUCGUCGUCGCGAGACCCGGCGCCGUAUCGUACGAGCUAUGGAAGGGAACGCGAGCGGAUGGCGCCGCCGCCGGCGACGAACACAACAACAACCAGUCGGAUGUCGAGAGCGACGUCGUAUGAUCCGUUCGGAUCGUCGGCUCGAAGCAGCUCGGUGAUCCGAAGCAAUCCGUUGUCGACCAGCGAUUAUUCGUCAUCGUCGUAUUCGAGACCAUCGAUUUCGUCAAGAUACGGUAGUAUCGAUCAGCUCAAUUCUUAUAAAUAUCGAUCGUCGGGAUCAACAUCAUCGGGUGCGUCGAGCUCCUAUACGACGAGAUCAACGCGCGCGGGAAGUGUGAUAGGCGCUUAUGACUCGACGAACCGCGAUUACUCAACAUCACGCUAUCGGCCAUCUGACAGCGCUUAUUCAUCGAAAUAUCGAUCAGCUGACCUGUCGGAUUACACUUCAAAAUAUCGAUCGCCCGAUAAUAGUAGCCGAGCUUCAUCGACGUCCUCGUCUUCCAGUUAUACGUCGCGAUCGAAUUUUGAAUAUCGUACAGCAUCGACAAGCUCGUAUAGAAGCACGAACACUUAUCGACGAGAUCGCGAAUAUAAAUCAAUGAGUCGAACGAAUGAUGAUGAGGAAGACGAUGUGGAAUCAACAUUCCGCAAACUUUAUAAGAAAUACGUUACUGAAAGCGAUUCGGAGACCGAAUCGCUCGCCGAACAAGUUACAAAACGAUUUCAAUCGAAGAGUGAAGCUGAAGAAUCGGAUGAGUCGUUGUGCGAGGAUGAUGAAAUGCUGGCGAAACACCAGAAAAAAGGAUUGAGAAGGGCAAGUUCGGCGUCGUCAAUAACUCCGCGAGCAUCUGUUUGCAAUUCAGCGAACGCCACACCGAAAUGCUCGCCACUGCCGGCUCGCAAGCAAUUCAACGAGGUCAAAGACGUUUCGUCGUCGUCGUCGGAAUCAGAAGAGGACGAGGGGAAAUCGCAAAUCGCUGAAGUUCUCAGUGAUCGGCAAAAAUUCAUGGAGAAAUUCAGGGAUGUUGAAAUGAUUGAAGCGAAAAUCGAGGCGAGAGACGUUGCGGCGAGCCCAUCGCACAAAAUUGUGCAGAAUCAGAAGAUUGAGGAGAGAAUCGAGGCGAAACCGCUGUCAAGAAACAUUCAAAUGGAAGCCACGAUUGGCGACGCGAAGCCGACGCCGAAAAUUGUGUCGGCGAUCAAAAUCAACGGGAUUCCCGUGAAGAGCGAGACGGCUGACAUCGGUGAGAAGAGCUCGACGUCGGCCAAUGAGCCGGUCCGUCUUGUGAUGAAGAGGAAUCGCAGCAAAUCGCCGAAUCGGCAUGAAAACGCCGACAUUUGCGAUCGCCGCUCCGCCGAGCCGCCCAUUAUUAAAACGAGUGCGGUUGUUGAGUCGAUCGACGAUGUACGAGCGAAAUCGGAGGAAAUUGAGCAGAAAGCGGUUCGACGACGACGCAUUCCGAAUCGAACGCUGGAGAACCUCAAAAAUAGUUUGAUGGCCGAGCAGGCGAUGAAUUUGGAGAAGAAGGAGGAAGACGAGAAUAAAACGAAGAUUGACGAGGUGGAGAAGAAAGACGAAGUGAAGCCGAGAAAAAUUCCGAUUCCUCUCGUCCUUAUCACGGCGCCAUCGACACCAUCGACACCAUUGGCGACGACACCGGUCGCCACUUCUGCAAGUGUGUGCUUGUGGAACAAACGGGCGUCGACGUCGUCGGAUGACGACGAUGAAGACGUUGAGGAGGAGGAUGAGUUCUCCAGUGGCGAAUGGACCGAAGGAGAGGAUGAGGAGCAGUACGAAUCCGAUUGCGAGUUUUCGGUGUCGCAGACGUUCAGCUUAAAGGGACAUAUCCCGCUGGGCGAGCUUUAUCCAUUGGCGACGUCGUCGUCGAACAGCUCGGCGCGUGUUUCCGAGUUCGACGGCGACGCGUUUUUGGAGAAGAGUCGAAAAGAGGAAUCGCGCGGACGCGUCGACAGUCUGCUCGCCAAACCGGCGCCGACGUUCACCUGUAGUGUUUCGUUCGACGGCGAAGAGGAUGACGAUGACGAGUGGGGAUCCGAUGAGGUGCAUAGUUGCGAAGAAGGCGACGACGAUGAUUUUCGAGUUUUGCCGAUUGCUCGACCCGACUCGACGCCUCUUGGAGCCUACAUGAGUCCGGGAAGUAUUACCAGCGAUGAGGAUUACGAUGGGCGUACGGUGGGCUGCACGUUGAAGCUGGUUGACAAGGCGGCUCGCAAGGAUAGCGAUGAGAGCGAUGAAUCGGAAUAUUACGAGGAUGAGGAGGAGUACUGGGAUGAGGAGUAUGAAUAUGAGGAUGAGGAUGAGGAAGAGUAUGAGUAUGAGGACGAAGAGGAGCUUGAGGAGUAUUAUGAUGAAGAGGAGGAGAUGUCGUCGGAAGACGUUACUAUGAAAUCGGUUGAGUUUGAGGAGACUAGCGAGAUUGUUGAUGAGAUUCAGGAGAUUGACAUCGUGGAAGAAUCAAUCGAGAAGAAGCUGGCACAACUCACGCCGAUGACAGUAAGUCAAGUUGAGGAGAUGUUCGAGGAGGCUGAAGUUUGUGAGCUUCCCGACGAGCAGCUGUUUGAGCUCGACCAGAUUGAAGUCGAAGAUUAUACGGGCAAAAAGGAUGUGAACAUAAUACCGACGUUUGUGCGCGAAACGACGGAGAAUAUCAAAGAAGAGAGGGCGAGUCGUUUCGCCGAUGCGAAGCCGUCGACGGACUUCGCGAAGAAGGCCAUCAUUCAGCCGGCGAAGCUCGAGAAGGUCCAGAUCGCCAAAGUCGAGACGAAAGUGAUGGAAGAGAAGCCGAAACCGCCACCGCCGGACGCCGACGUCAAAACGGAGGAUAAGUCGGCGAUUCGAAAAUCGGCGCUGAACAUGAAGGAGGAGGACGCGAAGAGGAAGGCCGAAAGCGAUGAGAAAGCCGCCGCUCAGAAGGCUCGUCGCUAUGGCACGGUGUCGGCGUUGACCGACAAAUUCAAGAAGACUGCCGAUGAGCCGAUUGUGUGA